GUCUUAGCGGGCCCGAGGAUCUGCCGGGGGUAGUGACUUGAUCGUUCCUCUCGUCGGGGUCGAUACACUCUGCAUUAAUCAGCGUGAUAUUCUUGAGCGAAACCACCAGGUUGAUAUAAUGAAAGAAAUAUAUCGAGGAGAAAACCCCGUGAUAUCCUGGUUGGGACCAAGCUCUCACCACAGCCCGAGCAUUAUGGCUCUUGUGAAUCAGGUUCAUCCUGUAGACAAUUCCAGUCGGAAACGAGAGAUGAUUCUUCUUGCUUUGAGGUACAGCAAGUUUAACUUCCUUCGGGCUUACACCUCCAUCUUGCAACGCGCGUAUUGGUACCGCACCUGGAUUAUUCAAGAGGUUUUCUCGGCCACGAGAUUGUUUAUGCAAUGCGGUUCCGAUAUCGUUCCCUGGCAGGCCCUCGUUAGCUUUCAGCAAUUUCGUACAGCCGAAUGUUAUGACGAAGUAUAAGAUCCGGGUGGCAGAAGACAGAUUCACCAACCUUGCUGUGCUCCAAGACCUGAGGAAAGUGUCGCCGAAUGACGAGGAGGAAGAGAGUCUCAGGCGUCAGCGGACCUUAGAUAGACUCUUGUUCGACAAUUGGGAUGCCAUUGCGACCGACCCACUAGACAAAGUCUUCGCCAUCUUCCGCUUGGCCUCAGACGGAGACCAGUAUGGAAUACAGGUGGAUUAUGAUUCGGACGUCAAUGCCGUUAAUCGCCUUUACACAAACAUCAUCAAGAGGUUCAUUCAACUGUACGGCAACCUGUCAAUCAUCCUCCCCAGGAGGACCCAGAACCCAGAUCAUCGUCUGCCUUCCUGGUGUCCCGAUUGGAGUAUCACUAUCCCCGCCUCCAGAAUGGGAAACUGGCAAGACGCCUACCCAUUCCAAGUCUCCUCAAACAGCUGGGACUAUUUCGCCGCCGGCUACCAGUCACAAGCUCAAGUUUGGUAUAACAACAAUAACACUGGACAACUCAUGUACGUCAAUGGCUUUCGCCCCGAUCUAAUCCACCACGAGACAAAUAAUAAAGCCGACUACUACAUCAAAGAGACGAUCCCUGGCAGGAGAUCCAACAACUUCAUCCGCACUCUCCUCUGCUUCUUGCCCCCGGACCCCGAAACCCAGACCAUCAGGCGCAAAGUCACAGAUUUUGAGAAAUGGUACGCGAUGCACAGGCGCGAGCUUCACGCCGGCUUCUCGCGCGAGACGACAGUCACGCAUAGUAUCCCUCUCGGAAACAAGGCCUUCUUCGACUAG